GAUUGUCAUGUACAUCAUGCUCUGUGGCGCCCAUCCCUUCGACAUUUCGGGCAAUUCGAGCAAUGCGGCCAUUCUAGUGCGCGCGGUAGACCCAAAACUUAACGGCAGUCGCAUGUGGCCCAAACUGAGCGAAAGCGCGCGAGAUCUGCUCACCCGAUUGCUGGACCCAAAUCCCGAAACCAGAAUCACCGCCAAACAAGCCUUGGACCAUCCCUGGUUGGGAGGAACAGGUGCCACCGACACUGCACUGCCUUUG